UCCCACACAUCAGAUUUCAAAUCAUUGAGCUAAUAUUUGGCACUCUUUAUCCUGCCUAUUACUCUUACAAAGCUGUAAAAUCAAAGGAUAUUAAAGAAUAUGUGAAAUGGAUGAUGUACUGGAUCAUAUUUGCACUCUUCACAACAGCAGAGACAUUCACAGAUAUUUUUCUUUGCUGGUUCCCAUUUUAUUAUGAACUCAAAAUAGCCUUUGUAGCUUGGUUAUUGUCUCCGUACACAAAGGGCUCCAGUCUUCUAUAUAGGAAAUUUGUACACCCAACUUUAUCUUCAAAAGAAAAGGAAAUAGAUGAUUGCUUAGUCCAAGCAAAAGAUCGCAGCUAUGAUGCCCUGGUGCAUUUUGGGAAACGGGGGCUAAAUGUUGCAGCCACAGCUGCUGUAAUGGCAGCUUCCAAGGGUCAAGGAGCGCUGUCAGAGAGGCUCCGGAGUUUUAGCAUGCAAGACCUUACCACAAUUAGAGGAGAGAGCAGCAGCACUGCAAUUCCACUUUCUCCUGCCCCGUCAGUUUUUGCACGGGCAAGUAGCAAGCAGAGUCAGCUAAAAACUUCCAAAAUUGCAUCAGACAGUAUUGGAUGUUCAGAAUAUACAUGUUGUUCAGUUUGUCAAAUUGUGCAAGUGGUUCAACUAGAUGGUGAGGCAAAGAAUGAAAAGCCACUUGAAGCAAACUCUAAACCAACUGACAUUGUGUUGUCAGAGGAUGAAGAGAAUGGCUCAUUGGAUAGCACAUCCAAGCCUAAAAGUUCCCUCUCAAAGGACCCAAUCAUUGAGGCACCGCCUAGGAGCCUUAGACCUCGUUUCAGGAAAAAAAGUACCUCAUCUUCUCCUACUGAAACCACAAGCGUGUGAGGAACCAUCCAGCACCAAGAUCCACAGAAUGCCUCUCUUCUGCCUUAAAAGAUCUACAUUAUUGUAUGUGGGGGGGAGAGGGGAACAGUGGUGAGAGGGAUGUGUUUGUGAUAUUGUAGCAUUUUAGGAAUGAACUUUCUUGUUUCCCUUUUCUUAUGCUGCCAUUUGUGUUGCAUUAUAUUUUCCAUUGACAGAAGCAAUGUUUCUUCUACCCCCUUUGAUUUCAUUGCAGAAUAU